AUGGAUAACACCCUUGCAGUGAACGAAAACUAUGAAACUCAGUAUUGCUUUCCAUUUUACAACUUUUCUUGUUUGAGGGCAGUGUGGACUAAUGGAGAAAACAUCAUGAUGUACAUAUUUUUUGCUUCUGUGUCAGUGUUAACAGUGUUCUUGAACCUACUAGUGAUAAUCUCUAUUUCCCACUUUAAGCAGCUCCACACUCCAACCAACUUGCUCAUUCUCUCGCUGGCUGUGUCAGAUCUGAUUGUUGGAUUUUUUGUCAUGCCCUUGGAGAGCAUACGACUAAUUGAAAAUUGCUGGUACUUUGGGGAUGUGUUUUGCUCCAUUUAUCCAUUAAUUCUGUAUGUUGUUGUUUCAGCAUCUCUUGGCAACCUUGUUUUUAUAUCUAUUGACCGCUAUAUUGCUGUGAGUAAUCCAUUACACUAUACGUCUUUUGUAACCAAUGGUAAAACUUUGAUUUGUAUAUUCAUUUGCUGGUCUUGUUCUCUUUUUUAUUCUGUAAGCAUAUUGUUUAAUCAUUUAUUUUAUCCAGAGACACACGGCACAUGCUACGGAGAGUGUGUGCUCAUCAUCAGCUUCACUUGGGUUGUCAUUGACCUUUUUGUUUCCUUAAUUGCACCAUGUUCUGUUGUGUGCUCCCUGUAUAUGAGGAUAUUUUGCAUUGCAAGACGUCAGGCUAAUGUGAUUAAGUCUGUUAAAGUAAAUUUAAAAUCCGAGGAUGAGGUCGUGGCUUCUAAGUCUGAGAGGAAAGCAGCAAAAACUCUAGGAAUAGUUGUUGCAAUUUAUAUGCUUUGUUGGGUACCAUAUUACAUUUCCAUUCUGGCUGAGGGUAGCAUUAGUUCUGCAUCAUUUUACAGCAGUUUUUUCUCCGGGGUUAUGAACAUGAACUCAUGCAUGAACCCAAUAAUAUAUGCAUUGUUUUAUCCUUGGUUCAGGGUAUCAGUGAAACACACUUUAACACUCAAAAUAUUUGAGCCAUCAUCUUCAUAUAUAUCUUUGCUACACUAG